CGGACACAGAUUCAGACAACAAAACAGAAGACACAUAGCCAGUUAAACGUUGUACGCAGAUCCCCAUUACAUUACAGAACAUCAUCACAAAGUAAAAUCAUGGGUGAGUGAUAAAAGAACACUGGGAUCAUCAAUGUCAUCAACACAAGCGUACGGAGAAGAAUGGUACUGGGACAAACGUUACCAGCAAGAAUCAGGCCCUUUUGAUUGGUACCAAAAGUACCCUUCUCUUUCUCCUCUUCUUCGUCUGUACAUCCCGAAAUCUUCGCAGAUGACGACGAGCUCGGUUCUCGUCGUCGGCUGUGGUACUUCAGCAUUUAGUGAAGGGAUGGUUGAUGAUGGAUAUGAAGAUGUGGUUAAUAUUGAUAUAUCCUCUGUUGCGAUUGAGACUAUGCGAGAACGUUACUCUAAUCGUCCGCAAAUGAAAUAUUUAAAAAUGGAUGUUCGGAAUAUGAGUGCAUUUCAAUCGGAUUCCUUUGUUGCUGUCAUCGAUAAAGGAACUUUGGACUCCCUUCUGUGCGGGCAUAAUUCACGAGAAAAUGCUGCAAAGAUGCUGCAGGAGGUUGCUAGGGUCCUCAAGGCUAAUGGAGUAUACAUUCUGAUUACGUAUGGAGCACCAACUUAUAGAUUACAUUUGCUGAGAGAGGCACACUCCUGGUCUAUAAAACUUCAUGUGAUAGGAAAAGCUUUUCUAGAAGCAAGCUCUGAGCAUCACACGCAAGAACUAACCUCUCCUGUUCCACUGAAUGAUGACUUGAGUUUAACCCUUGUGAAAAAUCCUGAUGUCCAUUAUAUUUAUGUCUGUAUCAAGGAUGAUUCAAGAGUUCGACUAUGAAGCAAGCUUUCAAAAUUUCGACUUGAAUUAUGAUAGUCCAUUUAGAGGGGCAGUAUUUUGAAAACUUACCAAAGUACAAGCUUAUUUAGCUUUGGUUUAAGGCUUUUUAAGCAAUGAUAACUCUGUCAUUGUUGUAACAAUCACAGUUGUCAACUGUAUCAAUCUAGUGUUCUUGCUUUCAAGUAUAUGGCCUUCUGUUUGUAAUGUAGCACGUUUAUCAUUUUAUUGAUAAAUAACAGAGUUCUGCUCUUUUUCACA